GUUUUAAGUCCGUGGUUGUACUCUGAGCUGCUCCGCGCCCGGAAUAUCUACGACUCUUCUAAUUCUCCCAUAUGCCAUUCGGCAUCCCCUCUACCUUCCUACGUCAAUUCCUCCUUCCUUUCUCUAAUCAGAAAAGCAACCGGCAACUAAUCACCGAUCAGCUUAGACAAUUCCCCGAUCUGCUUAUCCGAGAAUCCUCGCCCUCCUCGAUGCUCGCGGAGGCGGUCGAUGACGCCAGGCGGUCGGGAGUCCCGUUCGGCCCAGCAACCUGAAAUUUCCAGCCUGGAUCGCUUCGUCUCUCUCCUUCGCCUGGCCUCACAUAAUCCCCGAACUUUUCUGAUCAGCCGGCCUUCUCUGGCCCUGUCGUGACCUCUCCACUCUUUCAAUUCCUCGGCGGCUGUCUGGCUCGCCAUUUCGCAUGCUCCCCCGGCGUCCCUGCUCCAUCCCGACCAACUUCCUGUUCCUGCUGGCACAGACAGGAUUUCAAGGUGACGAUCCGGUCCUUCGCUGAUGAUCGCACUGGCUUCUUCCGGUAGAGCCUGCAGUGCAGCCUGCAGUAGCCUACACACCGUUGUUAGGGACGGCUUCUUGGCCUCUGUCUCGGCUCCGAAAUCCUCUGGUCUCCGAUACCCCCUCGUCUCCUCCCUCGCCUCAACAUCUCGUUCCCCGCGAUUCUCCCGCCGUGCCUUUCAUUCCACGUCGCCAUUAGACUCGGCGACUUCGCGAAUCUCAUAUCGAGUGGCUGCGUCCUCAUCCGGCAAAGGCCGCCGGUUCCAUCCGGCCAAAAACACCUACAAUUUCACCCCCGACGUCCACGAAGCCAUUGGGGUCGCAACAGACACAGAGAACAAGGCGCUCCGGCGACAGAGGAGGCCUGACAGUGGUGAAGAUGCGUUCUUCGUGAGCAGAGUCGGAAGUAAGGACUCUGGCGCAGUAGCCUUUGCAGUCGCCGACGGUGUGGGUGGCUGGGCCGAGUCGCGCGUCGAUCCAGCAGACUUCUCGCAUGCGCUAUGUGGCUACAUGGCUCAAUCGGCCAUAUCCUGGGAGUCGCCCGUCGAAGAACUACGGGCGAAGAACCUUCUCCAGACUGGAUACGAUCAAGUCGUAGCAGAUGAGACAAUCCGAGCCGGAGGCAGUACCGCGUCAGUCGGCGUGGCAUAUCCAGACGGACGAAUCGAGCUGGCCAACUUGGGCGACUCGGGCUCGGUCCUCCUUCGCCUUGCGGCGGUCCACCAUUACACCGUCCCGCAAACCCACGGCUUCAAUACUCCGUACCAACUCAGCAUCAUUCCGCCGCGCAUGCGCGCUCAAGCGUCCAUAUUCGGCGGUGCCUUCCUCGAGGACUUCCCGCGCGAUGCGGCCGUCACCAACCUCCACAUGCAACACGGCGAUGUCCUCAUUCUAGCCACUGACGGUGUUUUCGACAACCUCAACAACCAAGAUAUGCUCAAGCUCGUCACGAGUCGCAUGGUUCUCACGGGCGCCUGGACUGCCGACCCCGACGCUGGCAUCCGUCCUUCGGAGGAUCUCAAACAAUUAACCAGCCCAGAGGGCUUGUCCUCUUUGCUUCCUACGCCACCAUCCUCACCCUCCUCCGACCCCGACUCCCCGAAAUCAUCCUCCCCCAGCACGCGCCAGCAGACAUACACACUCCAAUCCCUCAUUGCCGCCACGAUCGCCGGCGAGGCCAAAUUGGCCAGCAUGGACAUGCGUCGUGACGGACCUUUCGCCAAGGAAGCCCAACGCUACUAUCCAGGCGACUGGUACCGCGGCGGGAAAGUCGACGAUAUCAGUGUGAUCGCCGUAGUUGCCGUGGACGAGGGAUACUCAGGGUGAUGAGAGAUCUUUCUGAGAAAGCGAGGCUUCUCAGCUUCCAGUAUAAUAUUUUUUUUUCUCUUUCUCUUCCUCUUGACUUUUAAUUCAUAAACGAUCUCCAUGCACAUGCCCAUGCAUGCACUUUCAUGCCGAUACCUAUACCUAUACCUCUUCUAUACCUAUACUUCUGUUUGGACUACGUCAUUUAUAUAUUUACACACAGGGGCACGCUGUUGUACCUUUCCUUUCCCAUUUUUUCCCCCCUUCAACUCAUUAGGUAUCUCUUUUCUUUUCCUUAUUGGUAUUGGAUAGGGUUAUUUGUAUUGGUAAAAUCAGGUAGAGACGGCAAGCAACAUAUAGAAUAUUUCUGAUAGACUUGAC